GGAUAAUGAAGAAGCUCUCUAGUUUUACUUUUCGAGACGAUAAGAGAUAAGAAUUAUUUCUAAAUAGAAAAAACGAGGUAUACGAGGCCAUCCCUUCUUUCUCAUUAGCUAGUGAUUAUUUCGUUGCGUGUUUGGCUGCAGUGCCUGCGCCCAUGACGUAUUUACUUGGCGGCUUCAUACUUGUUUAAAAUUCCAAUGUUACGAGCACAAGUAUUAUUUCAAUAUUAAUCGCAAAUAUAAAAGCGUAUCUUUGGAUUUAAAGGAUAUUAUCGCAGAUGCAAGAAGAUUAAUUACAAGAGUAAAUUCAAAAGUCAAGACUGUAGAUAUUAAGCGUUAAGUUUUCCGUAAUGUCGGACGACGAAGAUUUGGUGUACGUGAAGAAACAAAAAAUUGUACAUUAUGGAUCCCUCGAAGAAGCAGAACGUACCCGUCUUGCCGCAGCGGCGGAAUGUUCGGAAGAAGAAAAGGAAGCUGCUAAUUCUAAUGAUGCUGUCAACGUACCCACCUUGGCCGGUAAUAUACACAUCUCCAAUGAAUACAUGGAAUUGGAAGAUGAAAUGUCUAAAGAUAGGCAAGCGUUGUUGGAAGAGUUUGAACGUAGAAAGAAAGCUAGACAGAUCAACGUAUCCACGGACGAUUCCGAGGUAAAAAAGAAUUUAAGACAGUUGGGCGAGCCCAUAUGUUUGUUCGGCGAAGGCCCUGCGGAUAGACGAACGAGAUUAAGAGAGUUACUGGCUAGUCUUGGGGAAGACGCGAUAAAGAAGAAACACGAAGAGGAGGAGAAACCUGCUCACACGGUCGAAAGAGACACCGAAUCUACUUGGUAUCACGAAGGACCGGAAUCUCUACAAAUAGCUCGUUAUUGGAUAGCAACAUUUUCUUUGGCCAGGGCAAAAGUUAGGUUGGAAAAAGCAAGACAAGAUUUUGAAUUGCCAGGUGCUACGCGUACAGCGCGUAGACAAGAACUUUUGAAGAAGCUACAAGCUCUAUCUAUAUAUUGUUCGCAAAUCGGUGACACGAGACCGAUAUCGUUUUGUCAGUUUAGCCCAAAUUCGAAGAUUCUUGCUACAGCCUCGUGGUCUGGCUUAUGCAAAUUAUGGUCGGUACCGGACUGUACUCUCUUACGAACACUCCAGGGACACACCUACAACGUUAGCUGCAUCGUUUUUCAUCCAAAUGUCUCGCUUUCCGAAGAGGUUUUAGGGGAUGGCGCAGGACAGACGUGCGUAUUGGCAUCUUGCGCUUCGGACGGUACGGUCAAAUUAUGGUCCGGUGGUAAAGGGGAGGAACCUUUAGCAGAAGUCGAAGGGCACGAACCUCAUAGAGUUUCGAGGAUAGCCUUCCAUCCAUCCGGGAGAUUUCUUGGGACCUGUUGUUACGAUGCCUCCUGGCGUUUAUGGGAUUUGGAACAACAGGCAGAAGUUUUGCAUCAAGAGGGUCAUGCCAGAGCCGUACACUGCAUGAGCUUUCAGUGGGACGGCAGCGUAAAUGCUACCGGGGGACAUGAUUCUUUCGGUAGAGUUUGGGAUUUACGAACGGGUAGAUGCAUCAUGUUCAUGGAAGGGCAUUUAAAAUCUAUCUUGGGCAUCGAUUUUUCACCGAAUGGUUAUCACAUAGCAACAGCGAGCGAGGAUAAUACAUGCAAGAUUUGGGAUUUACGGAAAAGGUCUUGCAUAUACACGAUACCUGCUCAUACGAAUUUGUUAUCGGACGUGAAAUAUCAGAGAGGAGAAGGACAGUAUCUGGUUACGUCCUCGUACGAUAACACGGCCAAGAUUUGGUCUAAUAAGACCUGGCAACCGUUAAAGACCUUGCCAGGGCACGACGGCAAGGUUAUGUCCGUCGAUGUAUCUCCCGAUCACAAAUUCAUCGCGACUAGCUCGUACGACAGAACAUUUAAAUUAUGGGCACCCGAAAAUAUCUAAGACAUCCGCUAUGGAGUACUGGGCAAAAACCAAAAGAAAGAAAGAAAGAAAGAAAGAAAGAAAGAAAGAAAGAAAGAAAGAAAGAAAGAAAGAAAGAAAGAAAUAAUUAUUUGUAUUGUGUCGAUAUAUGUAAGUAAUAAAAGUGUCUUAACGCGCG